GGACUCGCUCAUCUUUUUGGUGGGCAACAAACAGGACCUGUGCCACAUGAGAGAGGUGCAGCGCGAGGAGGGUCAGCGUCUGGCAGCCGAGUAUCGCUGCCAGUUCUAUGAGCUGUCGGUGGCGGAGCACUACCAGGAGGUGGCGUUCAUAUUCUCCAAGAUGGUGCAGAACGCCAGCCUGGGCGGCAAAGCCAAGGAGCGCAGGAGACGCCCCAGCGGCUCCAAGUCCAUGGCCAAGCUCAUCAACAACGUCUUCGGCAAGAGGAGGAAAUCAGUGUGAGACGAGUCAGACACCGGAACAGCUGUCAGUCAAGGCUGGACCAAUGACGUCGGACUAUUCAUUCCUCUAGCUUGGCUCUGUAUCUUUGAUUCUGU